CACCCGCAACACACUCACUAACACCGCGAACGACGCCUCCACGCCGGGCAGAAAAAAAACAGCUUUUACCGGAUAAAGUGAACAAGCAAUGGGGCCGGUAAUGAAGAAGAAGUAAGAGGUUUUUGGUGGGUAGAGAUACAAGUGUGCGCGUCGUGGGCGGCUUUGGCUGGAAGUGUUCCCGUGUGGUGGCUGUUGAUAUACAGGAUUGUUAAAAAAAAAGAAAAAAAAGGGGGUAUAAAGUCCACAUUUCCUGCUUCUUUCACGAUUCAGGAAUUCCAGUCACCCAGGCGGCCUGUGUGUGAAUAUGUUUGUGUAAGCAAAAGCUGGUGCAUGCACCCCGCUCACCACGUGCGUGGUCGUGUGCGUGUGUGGAGAUGAAGGCGAGCCGCUCCUCAUCACUGCGGCUCCUGCUGCUGCUGUUUGGCUGCUGCGGGUGCGUGGCGGCCGCCUAUCCGUUCAGAUCGCCGCUGGACCUCGACGUGACUCCGCGCGUCACCGUCUUGAGCAACAAUCUACACGGCUGCAGGCGCUUCAGCUCCUCUUCCGCCGUGAACUACAGCACCAUGUUGCUGGAGGCUGACGGCCAGCGCCUCUACGUCGGUGCCCGCGGCGCCGCGUUCGCUCUCGACUCCUCUGACAUCUCGGCCGGCCCUGCGCUCACUAUUGCGUGGGAGGCCUCCCCCGAGCAAAAAUGGCAGUGUCUUCUCAAGGGAAAAGACAACAAGACGGAGUGUUUUAAUCACAUCCGCUUCCUGCAGAGGUUCAACUCCACGCACCUCUACAUGUGCGGGACUCACGCCUUCCGUCCUCUGUGUGCAUAUAUAGAUGCUGAAAAAUUUGCAAUGUCUCCACCUGAAGAGGGCCGAGACAAAUGUCCCUACGGCCCGACAACGGGAUACACCGGCCUCAUCGUCGACCAGGAGCUGUUUACCGCUUCCCAGUAUGAAUUUAGAAGCUUCCCAGAUAUCCGUCGUAACUCCCCCACACUGAAGACGGAGGACGCUCCCACGCGAUGGCUGAACGAGGCCAACUUUGUGGGCUCAGCGCUGGUGAGGGAGAGCUUGAGCAGCAGCGUCGCGGGCGACGAUGACAAGAUCUACUUCUUCUUCACCGAAGGAGGGCAGGAGGAGAGCGGAACCUCCGGCAGCCACAGCAGGGUGGCGCGAGUGGCUCGGAUUUGCAAGGGGGACCGAGGAGGCCGCCUUACACUCCAGAAGCGAUGGACGUCCUUCCUCAAGGCCCGGCUCACGUGCUCCUUACCCGAGUACGACUUCCACUUCAACGUGCUGCGCAGCGUCUUUGUCAUGCCCGGCGACACGCUCUUCUACGCCAUCUUCGGCCUGGGCUGGAAAAACAUAAAGGCGUCUGCGUUGUGUCGCUUCUCGCUGUCUGAUGUCCAAGAGGCCUUCCGAGGGCCUUACAUGGAGACCCAGGACUCUGGCUCCAACUGGAAGGAAUACAGUGGAAAAAUUCCUGACCCGCGACCUGGAACGUGUAUCACAGACGCUACGAGGGCCAGGGGCAUCAAUUUGUCCACCUCCCUGCCCGAUGACGUGCUCAACUUUGUCCGAAGACACCCGCUGAUGUCGCAGCAGGUCCAGGCUUUAGACCGCCGCCCCCUGUUGUUCAGGAGGACCACAGACUACACACACAUGGCUGUGAAUGCGGUCCAAGGCUUGGAUGGCCAAGAAUACCAUGUAUUAUACAUGGGAACAGAUGAAGGCUGGCUGCACAAGGCCAUCCAUGUGGAGGGUCAGCUGCACAUCAUCGAGGAGCUGCAACUGUUUGAAGAACCGCAGCCGGUUGAAAAUGUACUCAUUUCUGUCAAACAGAUGAGCGUGUACGCGGGCUCUCCGUCAGGCGUGGUGCAGCUGCCCCUGUCCAGCUGCCGCAGGUACGCUUCCUGCUACGACUGCAUCUUCGCCAGGGACCCUCACUGCGCCUGGAGCGGAGACGCGUGCGUGGACGUCUGGGCGUACGCAGACAAAUCUACGUUAAUCCAGGACAUCCAGCAAGGCCGCACGGGGUGUGACAACACUCAAGGCGACGUGUCCACGCACAGUCGCUCGGUGCGCGUCGGCGACGACGUGCUCUUGCAGUGCGAGCUCAGCUCCAACCUGGCCACCCCCCUGUGGACGCUGGACGGCCAGGAGCUGCACGGCUACGGCCUCAGCUCCGGCUUCCGGACCGGAACCGACGGCUUACUCGUCAUCCGGGCGCGCCGGGAGCAGAGCGGCCGUUACACCUGCUUCGCCCUGGAGAACGACAUCCGGGUCGCCGUGGUUACCUAUAACGUCACCGUCGCUCUCGACCCGACCCUUCCGCCCACGGAAGACCCUCGCCGCCGCUUCAUCGCCUCGCUGCCGCCCACUCCCUCCGAGGGGGCCCCGGCAUCUCGGAUGCCCCAUUCGGAGCUGCUCUCUGCCAAGAACAUGGAGGCCCUGUACCUGUCCCUCAUCACCAUCCUGGGCAGCCUGUGCGUGGUUCUCGCCGUGGUGCUGUUCUACCUGGGCUUCUGCCUGCAAGUGGGCAACCAAGGGAAGUACUCUGUACGCACCGCAGCCGCCACCUACCCGGGCGGGAAGAGAAACCCCAAGAAGCGAAAUUCCUCCCACUUGGAGCUGAAGACCAUUUCUAGUAACGGCCACGGCGUCCACAACGGCGUCUCCAAGGUGCCUAACGACGAGAUCCACGCUGGAGGCUUCCUCCAGAUUGUCCCAGGUGAGGCUUACACCUCGCCCAACACGGAGAACGACGCCCCGCCGCCCCCGGCCCCUCCGCUGCCCACCACGCCGGAGUGCAACUUCGCCAACGGGCUCUCGGCCACCCUGCCCAAUGUCCUGCGGCGGAUGAACGGCAACAGCUACGUGCUGCUCACGCAGAGCGACGCCGAGAGCGCCGCGCCGCUCUGCUCGUCCUUCGCCGACGAGCUCAACAGUAUCCUGGAAAAGCGCAAACGCACUCAGCUGAUGCCCAGGCCGGACGAGAGCUCCGUGUAGGCCAAGAAGGAGAGAAGACUCUCUUUGCUGAAGUUUCUGAAACGCGGCAGAAAAGGAAUGAUGGUGAAGGUGUGAAAUUGAGGGGGAAAGAAAAAAUCUUUCUACCUCCCUUCAUUUGUGCCCUGAGGGACACGUGCAGCUUUGAGGAGAGAAUUUUCAAAGUUGGAAACUUUCCAUGGGAAUUUAACAGAAAUGUGGGAAUAAAUGGAAAUAAACCAGGUAUUUAUUUCUCGGGUUACUCCGGUUACCUCCCACAUUCUGAAAACACGCAUAUUAGGGUCUUUGAAGACUACAAAUUGUCCAUUGGUUUGAAUAUGAUUGUGAAUGGUGAUUUGGCAAGAUGUCCUUUGAAUUGAAGAUAUGGGACGGGACGCCAAAUUAAAAGCCCUACUAGCCAAGAAGCAAGGUUAUAUAGGCUAAUAAAAUAUGGUCAAAUUGGAUCCUUGUUUUAUAAUUUGACCUUCUGCAAGCAAAUUAACUACCAUAAUUAACAUAAAACUUACAUCAAAGAGAGAAGAAUAGUCCCAAGGUGUCCAGCCCUCUCGGAACGAAUGGAACAGCCUGCAGCCACACAACAAACCUUUUUGCCCAAAAAUCAACUUCCAAAAGGCCAGACACGGACCAAGGCUACCACAGGCCUACACUAUAAACACGACGGAGACGCGGGGUAACGACAUGGCAUUUCUAAAACAUGUGACGUGGAUAUAACCGGCGACGUAGCAGUGCGGUCACUUCAAAGCUUCCCCGCGACUCCCAACAUUCCCCAUCUUUAAUUCCUGUGGAAAUUUACCAGGAACUCCUUUACAGCCUUUUGGUGAAUACUCUGUAAAUAAGAACGUGUGGAGACUUCCAUAUUUGGCUGGACUCAAACCGGGAGCUUUGUUUGUACUAACCCCGUGCAAAGAUGGGACUAUUUUUAUUUUAUAUAUAUUUUUUUAAUUAUUAAAUGUGCCAUUCACUUCUUUUUAGACUACUCACAAAAAAAUGAAGGCACUAGUAGUAGUGGGACACGCUGCUGCCGUUCAUUCACUCACGGGACAAGCCGAAAGUCACAACAAUUAUUCCCAAAAAUGUCCUUCUGAGCCUAAAAUGUCCUAGAACCUUUACACGACCACUUCUAUGCCUUUCAGUGAGUCUUCCAGUAUCUCCGUUUCAACCUCCUGAUGUGUCACAGAGUGUCAUAAGCAGGUUGCGACAGAGAGACUGGAAGAUUCACAGGUGUGGAAGUAAAACUUAUGGGGUGUUUUCAUUUUAUCUGGAAAUUUCCUCCGAAAGCCCAAUAUCCUGAACUGUUUUGGGGUAGUGUUGAUGAAUAUUGAACCAAGGAGGAGGAACAUGACAACAUGACUUUUUAGUAACAUGCUCGAUAACAGUGGUUCUCAAACUUGGAUCCGGGGGCCACUACCUAAAACUUGGGGUUCACAAAAUAAUUUGCAAUAUUGUACAAUAUUGUAUCAUUUAAGAUUCAGUCAAAUCUGAAAUUGGUGCAUGUUUUUUUUAACAAAAUGUGGUUAUUACAAAAAUAGUAAUAUUUUUUCGAGAACAAAAAUGUAAUUUUUUCAAGAGUAUACUUUUUGCAAUAUUAAGAGAAUAAGGUUGUUAAUAGUUGUUUUUCAAUUCAAUUAAAAACGACUGCUUACGACUUGCUAAUACUUCUUGAAAUAAAAAGCUGAAUGUGUAUGUAAAACACAUUUACACACUAUCAAUUUUUAUUUACAGUAAAUCAAUUAGCCAAUUUAAUGAGCUAAUUAAAUAGAAAAAAAUAAUUUAUUGUUAAUUUUGCUCAUUAAAUUAUUGUAAAUAAAGUCAAAAUAUAUCAAGUAUUUUAAAUUUUCAUUAAACGUUUAUUUUAUUGUAUUAAAUUGGUUAAUUACAUUAUGAGCAUGAAAAUAUUUAUUAAAAUCAACUUUUAUUUGUUCCGAUAACUUAGCAGUUGUGUUCUAAAUUUAUUUUAUUACAAUUUAUUUUCGUUAUUUUUUUUUAUUCAUAGACCUCAUGAAACAAUUGGUUAAUUGAUUCAUUGUAAAUAAAACAUUCUUAAAACAUAACUUUAUUCUCGUAAGAUUACUUCUAAAAAAGUCCAGCUGUGUUUUUAAGAAUAUGACUUAUUGGAAAAAAAUGACUAUUCUGCUAACGUUACAGCUUCUUUUUUUUUUCUCUCUCUCUCUCUAAAAAAAAUGACUAUCGUAACAUUACAAGUUUUUCUUGACGCUAGACGUUUUAGUUCUUGAGGUAUACACAUGGUCGUUAUACUUGCAGUAAUUGGCGUUAGGAUUUGUCUCCUUUAAGAGGUCCCUGGACCCAAAAAGUGGGAGAACCCCUGCUCUACAUGAAUUAUAUUGGAGCCACAAAUGCAUGCAGUUGCCUUAAUGAACAAUUUCAUGAAAUAUUACAUUCUAUUUUAAGUCAUUGGAUACUAAUAAUGUUUUGAAGGCUUUUCAAAUGUUAAACUCCUGACUGAGUCUCCUACUAAUAACAUUGCAUUUGGUGUACACUACACUUAAAAACAAAAUAAAAUAAAACAUAUAUUGAAAUGAAGUGAUGUUAUUUGUUUGAAAAUGUUUUUUUUUCUGUGUCGUUUUAUUAAUUUCAACCCUGUAUGAAAUAUGUUGGUUUUAUUGUUUUGAAGUGAAACAGCAGUUUUUAAAGGCUCUCAAGGACUGUGAUACCAACAAGCCAGAGGACAUUUUUGGAUGUAGGAGGGCGACCGCAGACGUCACACAAGUGGAACAGACGGACGGACAACACGGACGGACGCGGGACAGCAAAGGGAUGUCAAUGUUGCAGCCGAGGUAAUUUAUUUGUCUCUUUUUUGUGUGUGGGU